CCUGGGCCGGGCCCGGGUCCUUCGCAGGCUGCCCUCGGCGGUCAUGGGCCCGGAGAUGGAGCCGCUGCUCUUGGCCUGGAGCUAUUUUAGGCGGAGGAAAUUCCAGCUCUGCGCAGAUCUGUGCACGCAGAUGCUGGAGAAGUCCCCUUACGACCAGGCAGCUUGGAUUUUAAAAGCACGAGCACUAACUGAAAUGGUAUAUGUAGAUGAAAUUGAUGUAGAUCAGGAAGGAAUUGCAGAAAUGAUGCUGGAUGAAAAUGCUAUUGCUCAAGUUCCACGCCCUGGGACAUCUUUGAAACUCCCUGGAACUAAUCAGACGGGAGGGCCUAGUCCCGCUGUCAGGCCAGUCACUCAAGCUGGAAGACCCAUUACAGGAUUUCUUAGACCCAACACACAAAGUGGAAGGCCUGGCACUAUGGAACAGGCCAUCAGAACACCCAGAACUGCCUACACAGCUCGCCCUAUCACCAGCUCAUCUGGAAGAUUUGUUAGGCUGGGAACGGCUUCCAUGCUUACAAGUCCUGAUGGACCUUUUAUCAAUUUAUCUAGACUGAAUUUAACAAAAUAUGCCCAGAAACCUAAAUUGGCAAAGACUUUGUUUGAGUAUAUCUUUCAUCAUGAAAAUGAUGUUAAGACUGCUUUGGAUCUGGCUGCCCUUUCCACAGAGCAUUCUCAGUACAAGGACUGGUGGUGGAAAGUGCAGCUUGGAAAAUGUUACUACAGGCUAGGAAUGUAUCGUGAAGCAGAAAAGCAGUUUAAAUCAGCCCUGAAGCAGCAGGAAAUGGUAGAUACAUUUCUCUACUUGGCAAAAGUUUAUAUUUCAUUGGAUCAACCUGUGACUGCUUUAAAUCUUUUUAAACAAGGCUUAGAUACGUUUCCAGGAGAAGUAACCCUACUCUGUGGAAUUGCCAGGAUCUAUGAGGAAAUGAACAAUAUUUCAUCAGCAGCCGAAUACUACAAAGAAGUUUUAAAACAGGACAAUACCCACGUGGAAGCUAUUGCAUGCAUUGGAAGCAACCACUUUUACUCUGAUCAACCAGAAAUCGCACUCCGCUUUUACAGGCGACUCCUGCAGAUGGGUGUUUAUAACUGCCAGCUUUUUAACAAUCUGGGGCUCUGUUGCUUCUAUGCCCAGCAGUAUGAUAUGACUCUGACCUCAUUUGAACGUGCCCUUUCUCUGGCGGAAAAUGAAGAGGAGACAGCUGAUGUCUGGUACAACUUGGGACAUGUAGCUGUGGGCAUAGGGGAUACAAACUUGGCUCUUCAGUGCUUCCGGCUGGCUCUGGUCAACAAUAAUAACCAUGCCGAGGCCUACAACAACCUGGCCGUGCUGGAGAUGCAGAAGGGCCACAUCGAGCAGGCAAGAGCACUCUUACAAACUGCAUCAUCUUUAGCACCCCAUAUGUAUGAGCCACAUUUUAAUUUUGCAACAAUCUCUGAUAAGAUUGGAGAUCUACAGAGAAGCUAUGUUGCUGCGCAGAAGUCGGAAGCAGCAUUUCCAGAUCAUGUGGAUACCCAACUUUUAAUUAGACAGUUAAAGCAGCAUUUUGCUACGCUCUGAUUGUUCUUAGGUCAGAUAGUCUAAUGAUAGGGCAUUAUACAAGGGAAAAUGUGCAUUUGUAUAUAUAUAUAUAUAUAUAUAUAUAGGUAACACAAACCUGUACUUGAUGUUAAUGAAGAUGACAAAAGGAGUUUAAACAAGACUGUAAUAAAAAUUUUAUAAUAAAUAACUUGAUAGUAUUGUAAAAGACAGGAUUUAAACAUUUGUAAGUAGAGCAUGAAACUUUCUUCUGCAUUACGUGGUAGUUUGUUUAUAAUGUUUACAAAAUAUUUUCAUGAAUUUCCUCAAGUUUUUAUAAAUGCACAUGUUUAAUGUCCUUAAGCUGGCCAUUAGCUAUCAUGUAGCUUAAGAGGUCUGAAAUCUGCCUUUAAAUUGCACUUUAUGGCUCAAAGUGUGUAUAUUUAUCCCAACUAGAGACUUUACUUGGAGCUUAAAAUUGCAUUUAAAACUAUUUAUCAAAUGCUUUGUGUGACACUCUAUACUUUUUUAUAUAUUAUACUUUCAAAUAAAUCAGUGUGUAAAACACCAUCA